UCGUUCCGGAAUCAGUGUCGUAUUUGGGUUGCGUUGCUUUAGAACGUCAUGGCUAGGUAUGCCAUUAUUUUAGCAUUAAUUGUUUCAGCUGCAGCAUCUGCGCUUCCUGCACCACGUGAAAAGAUUGCUCCGUAUUGCAACCCCACCUUAUGUACGCUGCCUGAUUGCCUAUGCUCUUCGCUGAAUAUUCCAGGCGGAUUGACCCCAGCGGAAACACCGCAAACUGUGCUUAUCACCUAUGAUGAUGCCGUCAACGUUCUCAAUUUUGUGAACUACACCAGCUUGAUUUUCAAUCGAUACAACCCAAACGGAUGCAACAUUAAAGCGACCUACUUUCUGUCGCACGAAUAUAACAAUUAUACCUUGGUUAACGACAUCUAUAACAGAGGCCAUGAAAUCGCUUCCCAUUCCAUUACGCAUCGCACCAAUCAAGAUUUUUGGCUAGCAAACAGUGUCGAAAACUGGGAUAGAGAAAUAGCGGACAUGCGAACCAUGAUUGAAUACUUCGCUGGUAUCCCACAAUCCGAAAUUAAGGGUGCACGAGCACCCUUUCUUUUAAUGGGAGGCGAUGCGAUGUGGUCUUCCCUAUCGAAUAACGGCUUCGAAUGGGAUUGCAGUUGGCCAACGAGAAAUUACGUCGAUCCUGGUAUGUGGCCUUACACGCUCGACUUUCUCAGCCAGCAGGACUGCCAGAUUGGUGUUUGUCCAACUGAAUCGUAUCCUGGUAAAUGGGUUGUACCUAUGAUCGACUUGUUUGAUGCCAGCGGAAAUCCAUGCGCCAUGGUGGAUACCUGCAUUGUUGGAGACACAGCUGAUGAUGUAUAUAACCUUCUUACGACCAACUUUAUGAAGCAUUACGAAGGAAACCGUUCACCGUACGGUUUGUUUUUGCAUGCUGCCUGGUUAUUGGACACCAAUCAUAUGAAUGGUUAUAAAAGAUUUUUAGAUUCACUAUCGUCGAAGGAAGACGUUUACCUAGUCUCUAUUAGUCAACUUCUUGAUUGGGUUAAGUCUCCUACACCUCUAUCAGAUAUUAGUUCCUUCGCCCCAUGGAGAUGCGACACCCCCGUCACGCAAAUUCCUUGUAACGAGCGACGUUGUGCAUACGACGCCACCAGAACACCGUUCGGAAGCGAACGCAUCAUGUCAAUGUGCAACCGAGGAUGUCCAUUUUUUUACCCAUGGUACGAUAAUAUUUACGGCAAUAAUCCACCAACACCGUGGGUGCCUUAAGAACCUGCCAUUCGUCAAAUCGUUUCAACUAGAUCCCAACAGAUUUUACUGCAGACAAUAAUACACGUAACUGUUUACUGGUAAUUACAAAAUUGGACAAAAACAAACUAAAAUUAAAUUGUGAUGCAUUUCCUCGUUGCGAAAUACACUAUGUAUAAGCUUGCAAAGCGCAUAA